AUGUCCUCCUUCCCAGUGCCCACUUUCCUAGAUGUCCCCAUUCCUACAUCCACUUUCCAAGAUAUCUCCUUUCCCGACACUCACUUUCCUAGAUUAUUCAAGCUAAAAGAAUCAAGUGUUCGACGACGUUACAGUGACUUUGAGUGGCUGCGGAAUGAAUUAGAGAGAGAUAGUAAAAUUGUAGUCCCACCUUUACCAGGCAAGGCUCUAAAACGACAGCUGCCAUUUCGUGGAGACGAUGGAAUAUUUGAAGAUGAGUUCAUUGAAGAGAGAAGAAAAGGGCUAGAGCAAUUUAUCAACAAGGUCGCAGGCCAUCCUCUUGCUCAAAAUGAGAAAUGCUUGCACAUGUUCCUGCAGGAACAGAUCAUUGACAAAAACUACGUUCCUGGCAAGAUCCGAACAACCUGA